AUGGAGCUAACUGGAGCAGGAAAUGCCAAAAUCCUAAAUGCAGAUACUGGCAAUGAUAUGCUGACGGAGACCAAUAUGACUUCAUUUCAGUUUACGAUCGCAUUGAUGGUAUUCCUGAUUGCAUAUGCUCUGUUUGAAGUGCCAUCAAACUAUUUUCUGAAGAAGCUUCGGCCUAGUCGCUGGAUUGCAUUUCUCAUGCUCUCAUGGGGAGCAACAACUAUGGGUCUUGGAGGCGCCCAUAACUAUGCCCAAGUCACAGGACUACGCUUCCUACUUGGAGUGAUGGAAGCAGGUCUUUUCCCAGGUUUCGUCUACUACCUUACAUUCUGGUACCGCAACUCCGAGAGAUCCAUGCGAGUUGCCUUGAUUCUCGCCUCGGCUACUUUAGCUGGCGCAUUCGGCGGUGCAAUUGCCUUUGGAGUGGGUCAUAUGAAUGGUGCCCAUGGUCUCUCCGCAUGGCGAUGGCUAUUCAUCAUCGAAGGCGCGCCAUCGUGUGCCUCUGCCGUUCUGGUCUGGUUUCUCCUGCCAGAUUAUCCCGAGACCGCACAGUGGCUUACUACCGAGGAGAAAGAGCUUGCCGCCCAGCGACUGGCCUUGGAAGGUUCCAAGGGCUCUGCGAAUGCCAUGUCCUGGGAAGAUGCUAAAAACACACUGACGGACUGGAGAUUGUAUGCUCACUAUGCGGUCUAUUUUGGCAUUUCGACGCCUUUUUCAAGUCUUUCCCUAUUCACGCCAGCUAUCACUUCAGGCUUGGGAUACUCCAAUCUUCGUGCCCAAUUGAUGACCGUGCCUCCAUACGCAGUUGCAUAUGUCGUGACUGUGGCUGUUGCGUGGUCUGCAGACCAUUUUAAUAGCCGAGGUCUUCACUCAGCAGUCUUUUCUUUUAUUGGCGCCAUUGGCUUUCUGGCUUCUGCCGUGCUUCCUGCGAGUGCCUAUCUGAGUCGUUAUGGAUGCCUCAUCGUUGCAGCCAGUGGUUCCUUUGCUUGCAUUCCCCCACUGCUAGGCUGGCUCUCCUCGAACAUCCAUUCAACAGCAGGUGCAGGCCUUGCCAUCGCGCUGAAUGUCUCAUUUGGGGCGCCUGGUCAAAUUGUUGGUGUUUGGAUUUACAAGAGCAACGAGGCUAAGAUUGGGUAUCCCACGGGCCAUUGGACGAAUGCGGCGUUGCUAUUCUUUGUCACCGCUGGCUGUGUUCUCCUACGACUAUACUAUAGAUGGAGAAAUCUUCGCGGGGAGGGGGCUAGAGAUGGAAAGGCGUUUGCCUACUAG